AUGGUUUCCUUCCGAGUCGCCAUUCUUCUCUUCGCUUGCUUUUCUGCUGGUUUCUGCAGGAGUCCAGAUGUGCACAUAGUGAGAGCCAAACGAUUGGAUUUGGGAUUAGGAGGACUCACUGGAGCUCUUGGAGGCCUCACUGGAUCGGCUGCUGGAAUCCUCGGUGGUGUGACUGGAGCUGCUGGUGGUGCCCUUGGAGCAACAGCUGGAUUGGCUGGUGGACUUGCUGGAGCGGCUGGCGGAUUGACCGGAGCUACUGCUGGAAUCGCCGGUGGAUUGACUGGUGCUCUCGGUGGACUCACUGGAGCCGCUACGGGAAUUGCUGGUGGAUUGGCUGGAGCCGCAGGAGGAGCCCUUGGAGCCGCUACUGGAAUCGCUGGUGGACUUGCUGGAGCAGCUGGUGGAGCUGUGGGAGCCGCUGCCGGACUUGCUGGGGGAGCUGCUGGACUCGUCGGAGGAGCUGUCGGAGCAGCUAGUGGAAUCGCUGGUGGACUUGCUGGAGCCGCGGGAGGAGCUGUGGGAGCCGCUGCCGGACUUGCUGGUGGAGCUGCUGGACUCGCUGGAGGAGCUGUUGGAGCCACGGCUGGAUUGGCCGGUGGACUUGCUGGAGCCGCGGGAGGAGCUGUGGGAGCAGCUGCCGGACUUGCUGGUGGAGCUGCUGGACUCGCUGGAGGAGCUGUUGGAGCCACGGCUGGAUUGGCCGGUGGAUUGGCUGGAGCCGCCGGAGGAGCUGUUGGGGCCACAGCUGGAUUAGCCGGAGGAUUGGCUGGAGCCGCUGGAGGAGCUGUUGGAGCCGCCGCCGGAAAA